AUGAAGCGACUGUCCCGAGUCUUUAGUGGCAGCCCUAAGCCUGUGGUGCACGCAAAGGAAGCCCCUCAACCAGCCGCCAGAUCCAUCAUUGAGCAGCGGUCGGUCGAUGAAGGCCGGCCAUUGAGAGUGGUUGUUAUCGGUGCGGGUAUCUCAGGUAUUAUCUCAUGUAUUCGAUUCAACCAGAGAAUUCCAAAUGUCGAUCUGUGCAUCUAUGACAAGAACGCGGAUAUCGGAGGUACUUGGGUCGAGAAUCGAUAUCCAGGCUGUGCAUGUGAUAUUCCCGCACACACCUACCAGGCCACCUUCGAGCCCAACAAGGAGUGGACUUCAUUCUAUGCCACUGCGCCAGAGAUCCACCGAUACUGGAAACGUGUCGUUGACAAGUAUGGAUGCAUGAAAUACAUCAAGUUGAGGCAGCAAGUUGAAGGGGCAACCUGGGAUGAAGUGACUUCAAAGUGGAAUGUCCAAAUUCAAGACUUGGAAAGUGGAUCGACGUACAGUGACCAAGCCGAUGUUCUCAUCCAAGCGACUGGUGCUCUUAACAACUGGAAAUGGCCAAAUAUCCCUGGUCUUCAGGACUACAAGGGCAAGCUUCUUCACAGUGCCUCGUGGGAUGAAGAGUACGACUAUUCGAAUAAACGGGUAGCUGUCAUCGGAAACGGUUCCAGUGGCAUUCAAAUUGUGCCUGGAAUGCUGCCGAAAGUGACCUAUAUCGACCAUUAUAUACGCAGCCGGACGUGGAUUGCCCCGACAUUUGCUAGAGACCAAAUCGACAAGCGAGGAGGCAAGGGACUGGAAAACUAUACCUUCAGCCCGGAGGAGAUCGAGACAUUCAAGAAUGAUCAUCAAGCAUACCAAGAAUUCCGUAAAGAGGUGGAGCUCGAGUUGCAGUCUAUCCAUGGGGCUACACUUACCGGUCACCCCAUGCAAGUAGGGGCCCAUGGCAUGUUUGUGGAGAACAUGAAGCGCCGCUUAAUGAAGAAGCCCGAGAUAUUGGAUGACCUUAUCCCUUCAUUUCCGCCAGCUUGUAGACGUUUGACGCCAGGCCCAGGCUACCUCGAGGCUUUAACGGAUGAGAGGGUCAAUAUGAUCAAGUCGGAUAUUGUCAAGGUCGACGCGACAGGCAUCUUCACGGCGGACGGUCAGCACAGGGAGGUCGAUGCAAUUGUUUGUGCUACCGGAUUUGAUACAACCCAUACUCCGCGGUUCUCGAUCAAAGGACGAGGGGGAAUCACUCUUGCGGAGCGAUGGAAAAAGACUCCCGAGACCUAUCUCGCGGUCGCAACCGACGGAUUCCCCAAUUACUUCAUCUCCCUUGGUCCUAACUCCGGUCUUGGAGAGGGCAAUCUGCUCAUUUUGAUUGAAAAGGAGAUAGACUACUUCACGGAAUGUGUCAAGAAAAUGCAACGCGACAAUAUCCGCGCUCUGUCAGUGAAAGCCAACGCAGUUCGGCGCUUCACGCAGUACUGCGAUGAAUAUUUCGCAGGCACCGUGUUUGCCGGCAAAUGUCGGAGUUGGUAUAAGGGUGGUACUGAGAACGGACGCAUUGUUGCACUAUGGCCUGGGUCAUCCCUUCAUGCAAUGAAGGUAUUCGCAAAUCCCCGCUGGGAAGACUUUGACUAUGAGUAUGUCAACGACAAUCCGACCGGGUGGUUUGGAGAUGGCUGGACCGAGAAUGAGAAACAUGACAAGAUCAACGUGAAUUAUCUCGACGAUGAUCAAAUUGAUUUCCCCCAGCCUGUCAAGGUAUAG